GCGGGCGAGGCAGGGUAGCUGCGCGCAGACCGGCCGGGAGGGGGCGGGGCGACGGGAGGAGGAGCCAGCGGCGCGGCACGAGGCCUAGCCGCCGCCUCAGCAGGGAACCAUAUUUAUGUAGAAGAUGGCUUUUUGGGCUCGGCAGAUAAGCAUAUGGCACUUCUCAGUGAAAACAAGUAGUGUUGCUAAUUCUGUUCAGCAACUGAGAAAAACUCACAGAAUGUGGAUGCAGUUGCGUAAGCUUUCAGUUCUAUCUUUCCUGUGCACUGAUAAUCACUUUCUUCAGCGUGGAUUGAAGACCUACAGAUCUGUAUCUUUGGGGAACCGCUUACAGUCCACCAACUUAAGUAAUGGACAAAUUGUUUCUUCAGAAAGUAACUUACUUUCUCCAGUAAACCACGACCAGCAGCAAGCAGAAGUAAUACCCAGCUCAGAUACAAAAACAUUAUAUGAAGUUUGGGAAGAUACACCACCUUCAUCUGCUUUGGAGGAGAUCUCUGAAGAAGAAGCUGUGCAGAUUGUAGCUGAGCCACCCCUUCCCCUUGGUUCUUUCACACUUCGAGAUUAUGUUGAUCGUUCAGAAACUCUGAGCAAAUUAGUGCUUUUGGGAGUUGAUUUGUCCAAAGUGGAAAAACGUCCAAAUGCAGGCCAACUCCUACUGAGGCUGGAUUUUGAAAAAGAUAUAAGAAAAAGACUUUUGUUUCUUAAGGAUGUGGGUGUAGAAGAUAAUCAGCUGGGUCCAUUCCUGACCCAAAAUCCAUACAUUCUUGCUGUAGACAUGGAGGCGCUAGAGACAAGAGUGGCUUACCUAAAAUCAAAAAAAUUUGGUAAGGAAGCAGUUGCACGGAUGGUCUCGAGAGCUCCGUUUUUACUGUCUUUUUCAGUGGAAAGAUUGGAUAAUAGAUUGGGUUUCUUCCAAAAAGAACUUGGACUAAGUGUGCAAAAGACCCGGGAUUUAGUAGUUCGUCUUCCAAGGCUACUGACUGGCAGUCUUGAGCCUAUAAAAGAAAAUUGGCAGGUGUGCCAGGUUGAACUUGGUUUUCGGCGUAAUGAAAUUCAGCAUAUUGUAUCUAAAAUCCCCAAGAUUUUAACUGCAAACAAAAAGAAGCUUACAGAGACUUUUGACUACCUGCACAAUGUAAUGGGCAUUCCCCACCACAUCCUCACUAACUUCCCUCAAGUUUUCAAUUCAAAGCUAUUACGAGUCAAAGAAAGACAUAUGUUUCUUACAUUUUUGGGAAGAGCACAGUAUGACCCAGCACAGCCCAGCUACAUCUCUCUGGACAAGCUAGUAUCCAUGCCCGAUGAGGUGUUUUGUACAGAGGUUGCCAAGGCCUCAGUAAAGGACUUUGAAAAAUUCUUAAAAACACUUUAAUUAGUAACACAUGUAAAAAGAGAGAGAAUGUUAUGAAAUAAAUGUAUUUUACAAAAACUGCUCUCUCUUCUGUCUCUUAACUGCUUAUUUACUGGUUUAAAAAGUAUUGCUUAUGAAAUUAGUGCAAUGUGUAAGGAUAAAGGCAUAUAUAUUUUAAAUUUUUUAAAUAUAUUUUAAAAUAUGUAUUUCUUAAUGGAAAAGGGUUAAGCAAAUGUAUGUAUAAUUAUUGACGUAACUCUUGAAAUGAAAUCCUAAUUUUCAUUCAUGAUUGGCAAUGCAGCCAACCAGGAACAUAAACUUAUAAAGCAUGUUAAAA